AAGGCGUUGACAUCUCGAGUCUCAAAAAGCUGUCAGUCCAGAAAGUAACCUAAUCCGUGUGUGCCAACGAAAGAAGUUACCACUACUUUGAGAGGAGUAGUGCUGCCAGCGCUGACGUGUAGACCAGAUAGCCCUACUGUAUGUAAAUACUCAGAUGAGGUGUCAGACAAAGGUAGUUACUUCCACAUAACUUCUUUUGUGUGCGCUCAGCAUGGAAGCGCAAGGUGUUUUCCGCUGGAUGCAAGCCUGCGUGUUCCUGCUGCUGUGUUUAUCUCAAGUCCUGCCUGCUGCUGCUGCUGCUCAUCCCCCAGAGACGAGCAGAAAUUACUAUGAUACCCUCAACGUUGAGCCAACAGCAACUGACAGCCAGAUAAAGAAGAGUUUCCGCAAACUGGCCAUGAAAUACCACCCCGAUAAGAACAAGAGCGCCGAUGCAGAGAAGACAUUCAGAGAGAUUGCUGAAGCCUACAAGGUGCUAUCCAACAAGGAACAGAGGAGGCUGUAUGACAACAUGGGACACGAUGCUUUCGUGAAAAAAGACUCCCCUGUACACUCCGAGGAUGAACACGAUGCGAGUUCCUUUUUCAGUUUCACAGAGUUCUUCCACGACUUCGAUGACGGUUCCUUCGUGGAGGAGCCGGUCUUCCACUUUUAUCAGGGUGGCGAGGAUGAGGGCGGCCAGUAUGAACAUUACAGUUUUGAAGAUCCUGGCUUCACCUUUUUCUUUGGGGAUGGGGAGGCAGAUGAAGAAGAUUUGUACUUCUAGACAUCCGGGAUCUUUAAGCUGUAUCUGUAUGACUGUUGUGUUUAGAUGUAUUGGAUUUCUGUCUAUCUAUCUAUUGUAUUUCUAUUGAUAAUAAAGUCUCCAUAUUAGAUUGUC